GGCUGCGGCCGUGGCGGGGAUGCUGCGAGGAGGAGGUCUCCUGCCCCAGGCGGAAGAGCUGGAGAAAUGGGAGCCUCAAGGGAUCAAGUAAUUGGCCUAAAGUCACACACUAAAAGGGAAGAGAAAGAUUGGGAAUUCAGGAUUUCUGGCAAACAGUUCCUUGUUCCACUCUUGUGCUGCGUCUACCUCUGUGGGCCGUGGUCGUUUCUGCCCAGAGGGUGUGCUUUUUCUCCAUCUGGGGCAAACUAGGGUCCUCAAGAGGCUGCAUCUCACCAUGUUGCCAUCUCUGCUCCAGGCCAGCUGCCCACCCUCCAGACUGUCCGCUAUGGCUCCAAGGCUGUUACCCGCCACCGUCGUGUAAUGCACUUUGAGCGACAGAAGCUGAUGGCUGUGACUGAGUAUAUUGCCCCCAAACCUGCCAUCAACCCAAGAUGCCUACCACCUCCUCCCAGCCCUCCCAAGGAGGAGACAGGCCUCAUUCGGCUCCUCCGCCGGGAGAUAGCAGCAGUUUUCCGAGACAACCGAAUGAUAGCCGUCUGCCAGAACGUGGCUCUGAGCGCCGAGGACAAGCUUCUUAUGCGACACCAAUUGCGGAAACACAAGAUCCUGAUGAAGAUCUUCCCCAACCAGGUCCUAAAGCCCUUCCUGGAGGACUCCAAGUACCAAAACCUGUUGCCCCUUUUUGUGGGGCACAACUUUCUGCUGGUCAGUGAAGAGCCCAAGGUCAAGGAGAUGGUCCGGAUCUUGAGGACUGUGCCUUUCCUGCCCCUGCUGGGUGGCUGCAUCGACGACACCAUCCUCAGCAAGCAGGGCUUCAUCAGCUACUCCAAGCUGCCCAGCCUGACUCUGGUGCAGGGGCAGCUGGUGGGAGGGCUCACCCUCCUUACGGCCCAGACCCACUCCCUACUUCAGCACCAACCCCUCCAGCUGACCGCCCUGUUGGACCAGUACGCCAGACAGCAACGCGAAAGGAACUCUGCUGUACCAGCUGGCGGGAAGCCGGAUCCUCCUGAUCCUGUUCCAGACUCAUAGGCAGCCUGUUUUACCCAGCCCUGCCCAUAAAUAGACUCUGCCCUGUUGGAUACCCUGUCCUCCGUGGGAAAUGUGGAAGAACUUGGGGGGGGGGAUGGCAUUUGUUACUUGGCUUUCCCUCACAAUGACUUCCUCGGGUACAGGGUCACUAAGAGAUGCACAGGGAUUCUGCUUCAGAAUGGAGACUGUCGCUCACUGGCUUGGGCCUCGUUUUCCCAGCUUGGGACCUGAGAGAUGUAAAAUCUCUGAGCUCUCCAUGUCCAAGGCAGAGAGGCUGAAGGGAUGAGGCCAUUGCCCCACCUCUUUGUUUACUGUCCCUUUCUGCAUGUGGCUCCUCAGCCCACCCCCUCAGGGCACAGCCUGCCACAGCAGCUCAGCUGAGCAUUCUUGUUGAGGAUGGCACCUGGUGAGAGCCUGCUUGUGCCAGGCUCCAUGCUGAGCACUGUGCAUGUUAACUCCUUUAUUCCUCACCACAUUCCACCCAUUUCACAGAGAAGGAAAUGAAGGGGCAGAGAGGUUAGGUAGCCUGCACAAGGACAUGCAGUUAGUAAGUGGCAGAACACGGAUUUGAACAGGCCCCUCUGCUCUGAAGAACCCUGCCUUGAGCCACUGAUGCCUCCUUAUCAGGUUACCCAGAAGGUCCUGGUGUGCUUGGAUGUUAGCUCUCUGCCCUCAGGCUGUGCCAUGCUGUGGAAAGGUUGGGAGCGCUGCCUUAGGAUGUAAUGAAAUGCCUUCUGCUUCUUUUGUUCUGCUGUGUCCAAGGUUUUCCUCCCUGUGGUCUUAAGGGCCUUUCUGUCCUCUGACUCUCCUCUCUCACUUCCUUUCCUAGAAAACCUUUCCUCUUCUAUGGACCUGUUCCCUCCCCACAAGUGGCUCUUGCAUGCUGUCUUCUUGGGGUCACAGGCCUCAGGUGGUUCUGAACGAAAGGGCUGGGGAAACGGACACUCUGUUCAUGAGGGAUUCUGGGCUUGAGUAGGAGGCCUCGGCCAUGUCUUGGGGAACUAGAAGUUAAUAAAGGAGACAGGAUGCUUGAUUAGAAGAC